AUGCGAGGGAAGUACUUUCUUCUGGGCUUUCUGCUGCUCAAACUCAUGGCUCUGGUGUGCAAGGCAGACGGAGAGCCUGGUCUUCUCGGUGGAUUCGUCAUGAUCGCCACGUCCAACGGCUCCAGGGAAGAGGAGAGCGCGUCUGAAGAGACCCCGCACGUUGAGGACAAAUGCCGGGGGUACUACGAUGUCAUGGGCCAGUGGGAUCCGCCGUUCGUGUGCAAGACGGGCAACUACUUGUACUGCUGUGGCACCUGUGGCUUUCGCUUCUGCUGCUCCUACAAGCACUCGCGCCUGGACCAGAGCACAUGCAAGAACUACGACACCCCGGUGUGGAUGAAGACGGGCCAGACCACGUACAAAAACAUGAACAAGAUGCGAGACACCACGAAAGACAAAACCAACUUGAUAGUGUACAUUAUCUGCGGAGUGGUGGCGAUCAUGGCCCUGGUGGGGAUUUUCACCAAGCUGGGGCUGGAGAAGGCGCACCGACCCCAAAGGGAGAAUAUGUCCAGGGCCGUGGCCAGCGUGCUCCAGGGCGGAUGUCCCAGCGAGCAGUUCCGAGGAGAGGAGGGGCUGGGCAUGACCUCGCAGCACUUUGUGUCCCGGACCACAAACCUCCGGCUGCAGCCUGACAGCAGGACGGCUCACUCCUCGCUAUUGAUUUACAGAGCAUUCUUUCAUUUAUCGUCUCUCACGUGGAGAGCGCCGUACGUGACUUAUGCCGCCGACCCACACGGAGGCUGUGUGAUGGAUGUGGUGUGUGAUGGAGGACCGGCAACGUCAUGGGUGUGGCAGCUCAGACCAUGUGCCUGA